AUGGCUAUAUGUAUGGAAAUGCCGGAGACUGUAUCUGUGCGCAAAUUUCGUGAGUUCGGAGCGCGCCAGAAGCAGGAACUGUACGAAACAUUAUUGGAAUUGGCUGAGAGCAUUGACGAGUUGCCCAAAAAAUCGUUGCGCAAGACACUGGAGCUGACAUUGGCCGUAUUGGCGUACAAGGGUGCACAGGUCGACGAAUUACAAAACAAAUUGCCCCUGGGAGGGGCUUCAGAGCGACGCGGCUCCGAGCGACGCUUGUACGAUGAAAAUGAGAAGCUAAAGCGCAUGUUGCAAAAGCUCGAGGAGGAACGUGAUGGCUACAAGGAGAAGAUCAAGGAGUUGGCCGAUGAAAUAUUGCAAUUGCAAAAACGUUUACAAGAGGCAGAACAGCAGGCUGAGGCCAGCGACAAGGACUCUUCAGACCCGCUCUCCGAGCUCGAGAAACACGAGAAACUGCUGCAGAACAUAGACACUAAAAACAAGCACAUCAAGCGAUUGCUGCGCGAGAUUGAGACGCUACAAAAUCAAAACAUUGCGCAAUCCAAAACAAUAGUUUUGCACGAACAAGAAUUGCAGCACAUCAAGACCAAUCUCAUACAGCUGAGUCAGGACAUAACCCAAGUGGAGCAGGAGCGCAAGAAGCUGAAACAGAGAGAGCGGGAGCAAGGUUUGGAAAUUACAAGACUUGAGGGCAACAUUACUUUUCUCGAAGAUGAGCGCGAGAAGCAGGAGCUGGAAAUGCGUCAGUUCAUAGAGAAAUACGAGUCGAAAUCGCUGAGCUGGAAUCAGCUGCUGGAGCAGAAAGAGAAGCAGCUGAAAAGUUUACAGUCCCAGCUCGAUAAGGCAACGGGUAUAUCGUCUGUGCUGCCCGCAAUUCACAGCGACAGCACCAGCAGCAUUCAAAGCAACGAAGAGGAGCAGACGAAGCUGCGUCAUCUGCUGGAGUUACGCGAACAGCGCAUUGAAACCCUAGAGGCCAAGGUCAAAACAAUGGCCGAUGAAAUGGUGAGCUCCACCAAGGUAAUGAAUCGAAUGUGUGCCGAACGCGAACGCUGUCAGGAUCCCGCCCAGCCCCGUGCCUGUUGCAAACUCAUCGAGGAGAGUCUGCGCGUCGCCAAUGCACGCAGCCAGCAGUUAUCCGAGCUACUUGAAUCCACUGAACAGGACAAUGUACUUAAAUCCAAGCAAGCCCUACAUGCCAUCAAUGCUCUAGAGGCGUACAAACGUGGUGAGGACGGUUUGGUGCCCGCAUUACGCAAAUGCUCGGCGCUGGAGCAGAAGCUUGCUGAGCAGAAUAAGCAGCUGCGUAGUUAUGUCCACGAACUGAAUGCCAUGCACGAGCUGGCUCAAGAGAAUAGUCUGUUGCGACGCAGACUCAACAUACCCGAUGAUGUGGUUGUGCUGGUUAAGAAUUCACGAGCCAAGGAGCGCAACAAGGACAAACUGAUUGAGCGUCUAACACUGAAGCUGCGCACCUCUGAGGAGUUGCGUCUACAGCUGAAGCUGGACAAAAGCGAGUUGAGACGCAAGUUACUGGAGCUGCAGCAACAGUUGCGACUACCCAAGAGUCCGGAGAGUUCCAUACUAGUGCCCAUAGAGCCUGCGAAGCAACCUAGCGAGAUGGGUGAAGUGCCGUCGAGUGCGCCGCUGCUUAGCCCAUUAUGCAAUGGUGUGCCUAGCCGGGGUCAAGGCGAUGGCGCUGCUGCGUCUGAACUGCAAACUAAAUACGAGGAAGUACUGGCGGAAAACGAAUCUUUGCGUGUGGGCAUGUAUGAGAUACUGGAGAAGCUGCGCGAAUAUGAUGCCACCUCUGAGCAUAUAACCAUUGAUUCGGAACUACUGCGACGUCUAAUGGAUAUGCUGCCCAGCAUUGAUACCACACCCAAGCGGCUGCACAGCGAAUUGCUUGCUCUGAAAGCGCGCGAGGAGGCACUGCGUCAGCUGUUGCAGCAAAACGGCAGCGAUUCCGAAACCGGCGAACUGUCUUCGGUGCAUAGCAUGCGAGAUGUGCCCGAAAUGCCCCGAGAGGACGAGCCAGAAUCGAGUGAAGAAAUUAUUAUUAUUGACACGGCCACACGUCCGACCACACCAAACGAAUCUGCCGAUAUCCUGCAAUUGCCUGUUAUAGCACAAGAGGAGCAGGAACAGGAGGAAGAGGAGGCGGUAGGCAGCACACAAGUGCGGGAACUGCAACAACAGUUGACGGAGCUCCACACCUAUCGUAAGCACUACGAAGAGCUGAAGCUACACAUGGCCGCCGAUGGUAAUGAGCUGAAGCGUUACAACCAGCAGCUACAUGAAAAGACGAUCGCUUUGGAGCUCCGCCUGCAUCAGCAAAACAAUUCCUACGAGUUUAUGCGCGAGGACUACGACCGGUUGCUGCAUCAGAUGAAGCAGCAUGAGUUGCGAUAUAUAAACGAUACUGCGGCACUUUCGCGACAACUGGAAGAGCGAAACACCCAGCUACAGGCUCUGCAGGCUGAGCUCGAGUUGCAGCAACGAGUGCGACUCUACAGCAGCGAAGAAGUGCAGAGGUUGGAGCAAAAGAAUUCCACAUUAAGCAUGCAGCUGGCGCACUGCCUAGAGGAGGUAUUGGGAGGCAGAGUUAAUACAUUAAAGUUGCCCGAAAUAUGCGCAGAUUAUGGCAUUAUAGGCGACAACUAUCAACUGGACUACAUCACGGCUGCGGAGUAUGAGGAGCAGCUCGCUAUUCUCGCCACAUGGCGCGAGAAACAGGCGGAGCUGCAGCGACAAAAUAAACAGCUUGAGGGUCUCCUAGAAGUGGCCAACGGACAGAUACAAUCCCAGCAAAAAUUGCUCAAUGAGAUUACAGAUAAUCACAUAAGCCUUCGUCAUCUGGUGGCUGAUUUGCAAAGUAGCUCCGAGGAGAAGCUACUUGUGGCUAAAAUGCAACGGGAUUUGGACAGUGCCAAAAUGGAAUUGACGCGCAUUGAAACUGAACGCAAUGAGCUGAGACUAAGCGUAGAUAGUCUGCAGGAGCAGCUUCUCAAAGCACAAAGACUGACUGCCGAAGCGCAACAGGACUUCCAAAUUGAACGCAGAAACAGAGAUAUUAAGCACAAAUUUUUACAGAAAUCACUUUUCACACUGAAGGAGAAAUAUGCCAAAUUUACACCGUUAAUCUUCCUGACCAACUUCGUGUUCGCCUACAACAAAUUCAUGCAACGUGUGGAACAGCAAGGGAACAACUUUUCGCUAACCAAUGAACAAUUGGAGCAAGUAGAAAAGGCUGUAGAAUCACAGUUAGCAGCUAACGCCUCGACUAAUAACGAGGACUCCCAACAGCUCAUCAAACUGAUCAAAGCAGAGACGCAGGUUAGGCUGUUGGAACAAAGCUGUGAGAGUCUGCAACUGAAGAACGCUGAGCUGCAACGAGAACUGGUAGAGUUGCGGCUACGACAUGCCACAGAGUCAGAGCACUGGCAGACAAUCGAAGCGCUCUUCGGAGUGACUCAUGAACAUGGCAUUGGAUCUGAGGUCAGACAUAUAGCUACAAAUACAGAGAUGCAGGUGCCAGAUCCAGCCGUCCGCAGAACUGCCGCACAGCAGUUAACCGACCGGCAAACCUCACCCAUCAGCUCGCCAAAUAAGAAAGCUGAGCACAUAAGCACACAGACCACAAUUGAUAAACCGCUGGAGUUACUAGAAACGGCCGUGCAAACCAAUCGCCUUCAAUCAUUGCAACAUCAAGCGGUGCAAACGGCUGCGAUCGAGGAGGCCGAGCAGCGUUCAGAGUCUAAAGCGGAGGUGCAGGAAAUACAAACCGCUCUACUGGCUGCCCAGAAGCGUAUUGAGGAGCUACAAAGUCAAUUGAAGUCCGAUCAGGUUUCCAAGACUGAUGAGAGUGCGAAUACUUCGGGGACAACAGAGACCAGCACAGUAGACACCCACCAAAGUGGGGUUGUGGAGAAAACCAUUCUGUCUUUCCACACGCUUCUCUUGGAGAAGGAUAAUUCCAUUCAAAAAUAUCAGGAUCUGCUGCAAACAGAAAGGGAACAAAGUCAGCAACUUUCUAGCAAGCUAAAUGCCGAGAACGAGACUCUCAAAGCAACUGUGAAUAAUUUGAACUUUAACAUUAAGACCAAGGAUGUGGAAAUUCUGGAGCUAAAGGCCAAGCUGGAUGUGCAAAUUACAACGCGUCAUCUGAAACCUAAAGAUGGUCAGGAACAUGUCACAUCUACUGAGUCCGACGAGAGCGUCGAUAAUAGCCUCAACGAGUUGACUGACGAGAAAAUCGAAGAAAUGUUCGAGGAUACUACAUCUGUGGAUAAACAGGAAGUGGUUACAGUUCCAGUCAGUCCCCGGAAUGAUGGGGAAAAGGAAAAACAGGAUACGGAGGAGCUUAAAGAAGUUUCCACGCUGCACAAACAAAUCAAGGAACUAAAGGAAAAAUUGGUUUUCAACGAGCAGAGCAUCAAAACGCGGGAGGAGGAAAUAGAGAUAUUGAAAGAAAAACUAAAGAUGUGCCAGGAACGUGAAAAAGCUAUAGAGAGCACCAACAACCCUGAAGUUGAACAAUUACGUGUCUUCCUGGAGGAGAAGGAUAAGCACAUAAAAGAUCUCAUGGAAACAUUGAAGAACUUUCAUGAUGAUCAACAGCGUUAUAUUAACGACACUUCUAACUUUUCGGCCGAGCAAAUUGCCAAGCUGGCCGCCGAUCUUAAUCGCACCGAGGCCACCAAUAAAAUAUAUCACACACAAAUGGAGGCAUUGCGUCGCCAGGUGAGCAAUCUAACCCAGCGUGAGAAGCAGGCCCGAGACCUUAGCCAGUCCCUGCGCAAUCAAUUAAUCAAGCGGCCAGUGCUGUCCGUCAAAACUGAACAAAAUGCUCGGGUUAAGAACGAAAAUCUUCAGAAACGUGUGCAGCAAUUGGAGUUGGAUCUGGAGGAUGCUCGUGCCCAGGUUCACCGUCAACAGAUGCAGCUGGACGCCAAGCGUACACGAAGCGCCAACGAGGUGGGUCUGUGGGAGAAGCAAAAACGUUGGCAACAAAAUGCCGAAAAGUAUAAAGCCAAGUUAGACGAGACUGAGACGGCACUGGAGAAGACGCGCUCGUUGCUACGGGCGGCACGUACGACGAUCGCACGACUAGAAAAAGACAAACAUAUGUUGGAGGUGAAACUGAAUAGAGCAGGUCAUACUGGUGGCGCCUCACAGAACACCCUGAAAUGCUGUCGUACACCCUCGUGUCCCAAUCUUCAGCAUGUGGGCGCCAAGUUUACACCCUCUCCAUCCGAGAGUCCCGAGACCUAUACGGGUCCAAGCAGCGAGUGCAGUUCCCCGGCUCAUAAUGCGCAGCCUAAUUCACGCUUUUACGAUCAGAGCCAAUUGGAUUUGGUGGAGGCAUUGAAGGCGCGUAUUGAGUUGCAGCAAAGAAAAAUUAUUGCAAUGGAGCUGGAGGGUCGUGGUUCGAAUGCACUGACCACAGAGCUGGAGAAGUUGCAGGAACGUUAUCAGGCCAUUGAGGCGCAAAAUAUUCGGCUGGAGGCGCGUAAUUUGCAGCUUCAGCUCGACACGGACUUGCUCCGACAAGGCGACACCAGCGAGAGACUGCAGAAACGCAUCAAACACCUCGAAGACUACAUAAUGGCGCUCAAGGAGGAAAUGGCGCGUACUGAGUCUCGUCGGGAUCUUUGCAAGUGCAGCGGCAUAAAAGUGAAUACCCAACAGGGUCAGUCGGCUGAGCAUACAAUUCUUUCGCUGCGGAAUCUGGUGGAGAAGCUGCGCUCAGAGAAUAAGUUCCUCAAAGAUGGACGACGCUCCACAGAGUCGCGCAGCUCCACCGAUUCGUCAGCAUCGGGAUCGGCUCUGGAACUAGCACGAAUUCAGCAGCUGCAUGCAGAGGCUUUGGAGAAAAUUAGCGCUCUACAGAUGGAGUUGAAUCAGCGGAACAAGUGUAGUCAGUGUAGUGGGCGUAGCAAGGAUGCAACGAACGAGGAGCUAAAGUACAUUAAGGAGCAACUUGUGAAGAAGACGCAGCUACUGCAAAAGGCAAAAGUUUUGCUGACGCGGGCCGCUGCAAAGGAGAAGGUGCUAAAGGAGCAAUUAGCGUUAUGGAAGCGCAAAUGUUCGGAGCUGCAAAAUGUGCCCGUCAUUGAUGAAAUUAGCGAAUAGGUGCAACUGGAGAGUUUACAAACCUAGAGAUACCAUUAAAUAAUGUAAAUAAAUAAGUAGAAUAAAUCGAGCUUGGUAUACAUUUA